GUUAUACUACAAUAUAAAGGGUCAAUUUAAAUGUAGCCUUAUAAAAAAUAUGUCGUGAAUACUCUCCUAUAUUGUAUAUUAUUUCAUUGUUAAAAAUCUCUUCGCAAACUCGUCCAAAAAGGAUCAAAAUAAUCUCAAAUCCAAACAAGAAUCGAAAUGCGCUGAACGUCAUCAUCUCCAAGCGUGACUUAUACACAGAUCUGCACAUAGAAGGAAAUCUUUUCAGUUGUAUUGUGCGGACAAAAAUCGAGAAAUAAUUACUUUAGCGAGUAAAGUUUUCUCUAGAAUUUCUCCACGGGAGAUUUGCUCCAAACUCCUUCAUGUAACAGUUCUGGGCGAACGUGAACGGGCCUCCCUACAACCCUAUUCUCUUCACAGCGGAAAAUUCAACAGACCACAGGAAUGAAUGACAGACCUCAAAGAGCGGCUACCGAGGCAGUGGCUUGCGUUGUCUUGGUCCUUUUGGUGAUGAUGGGAUCUAUGCUUCCGUUUGUUCGAGGUGACGUUGCCGGCGACCGCACCGCUUGGACUGAUGACCCACCCAUCUCGGUGAAACCCGCCUCACUUCGGGAAGAUGGAAAUGCUGAUCGAGCGACCAGGUUAGUUCCAUUCGCUAAGUUUAGAUCAUAGCCAGCUAAAGCUAGUUGCGGCUGGUUUCAGUAUUUGCAUUUUGUAAAUAAUUUGGCUGCGGUAAUUAUGGAGUUAUUUUUUAAACGUUUAUCUUACCAAAGAAACAUUAAUGCAAGUAAUUCGAAAGGAGGAGCCCUGCAUUGCUUCGCGAAAUAAGACCCGUUCACUCCAAAAGCAUCUUACCAGUCAUGUGGGUUCACAUGCAUUGUUAAAUAUAACAAAAUAUUAAUCCCUUAUAUUUAUAGUAUGGAUUAAUAUGCGAAUUAUUAAUGUUUGAACAGCAGCAAUAGUGUUAGUUGAAAUAGGUAUCUUUUUUUUUUUUAAUGGGGCGGGGGUAUUCCCAUUAGUUCCAUCCAUUUAAACCAUCCAUUUGAUCCAUCCAUUUGUUCCAUCCAUUUGAUCCAUCCGUUUGUUCCAUCCAUUUGAUCCAUCCAUUAGUUCCAUCCAUUUGAUCCAUCCAUUUGUUCCAUCCAUUUAAACCAUCCAUUUGAUCCAUCCAUUUGUUCCAUCCAUUUGUUCCAUCCAUUUGAUCCAUCCGUUUGUUCCAUCCAUUUGAUCCAUCAAUUAGUUCCAUCCAUUUGAUCCAUCCAUUUGUUCCAUCCAUUUGUUCCAUCCAUUUGAUCCAUCCGUUUGUUCCAUCCAUUUGAUCCAUCCAUUAUUUCCAUCCAUUUGAUCCAUCCAUUUGUUCCAUCCAUUUAAACCAUCCAUUUGAUUCAUCCAUUUGUUCCAUCCAUUUGAUCCAUCCGUUUGAUCCAUACAUUAGAAAUAAUUAGAUCCAUCCCUUUGUUAUUUUCAAAGAUCCACGAAAUGUAAGUCUCGACCCAUAAAUUAUAGCUACACAACAGACUCAUCAAACAGUUUGAGGGCUAUACGCUCUGUGGAGAUUAGUUCCUCACCAGAAAUAACCCACAAAAUAAAGGCGUGGGAUAGGCGUGUACCACCCAUGUACUAAAGAUACUUGACAGAACAUGAAUUUAAGAAACGUGUUUUGUAACAACUGCAAUUAGCGCUGACUUCUGGGGGUUCUGGGAAUUUCAUUGUGUGUGCCUUUUUAAGACAUUGUUGUUUAAAAGUGACACAUACUGUGCUGUGCGUUACGGUAAGAAAGUGUGCUGUGUGUCAGACAGGACAUUUUGCUGGGUAUUAGAGCAAGACACCGUGUUGUGUAUUAGAACAAGACACUGUUGAUGUGUGUUAGAACAAGACACUGUUGCUGUGUGUCAGAACAAGACACUGUUGCUGUGUGUUAGAACAAGACUCUGCUGCUGUGCGUUAAAAGAAGACACCUUGAUUUGUGGUACAACAAGACACUCUGCUGUGUAUUAGAGCAAUAAACUGUGCUGUGCGUUAAAAGAAGACACUGUUGUUGUGUGUUAGAACAAGACACUGUGCUGUGCGCUAGAACAAGACACUGUUGCUGUGCAUUAGAACAAGACACUGUUGAUGUGUGUUAGAACAAGACACAGUUGCUGUGCGUUAGAACAAGACACUGUUGCUGUGCGUUAGAACAAGACACUGUUGCUGUGCGUUAGAACAAGACACUGUUGCUGUGCGUUAGAACAAGAAGCUGUGCUGUGGGCAUCCACUGGGCUGAUAUUUAUGAAAUCCAUUCAUUUCUCAAAGUCAAGAUUAAAUGUAACACACAGCACAGAUUCUAGCUCUGGCUUUCAACACGGUGUAUGGCUGCACAAUGGUAAAAUAAAUUAAUAAAUCUACACCAGCUAACAAUAAUAUAACAAAUUGAAGAGCUAAUUUUGGGGUUAAAUAUCAUUUAGAACUGGGCAAUUCAGAAUAUGUGUUUUUCACUUCUAGGAAAGAUUCACUGUUUUUAAAAGCUCUGUCUGAGCGACAACACGCCUCUGAUUCAAAACAAACGAACACUGAGAAGACCCAUAGCGUACGAGACGAAGAACAUGUCACGAAUCUUCGGACCAAGGUUGAAGGUCGUCAGGAAGGUUUGCCUGAAAACACUGAAGUACUGAAAGGGGAUUCGAAGAACGCAAAAUCAGACAAGGGUACGCUUUGAAAAUUAUGUAUAGUUACCAAUACUAUACGAUUAAAUGGGACUUUUAUUAUUGUGGUGCUUAUUUAGAAAUAUGCGUAUAGCUUAAGCACAUAACUCUCCAGGGGUCACGGAUAGAGUGGGAGGGUGGGAUGGGGGAAUCUGGAGGUUUAUUGCUUGUCUGUCUGUCUUCUUGAUAUGCCGCAGUGAACUAUAAUAUGUCCCAGUGAACUAUAAUAUGUCCCAGUGAACUAUAAUAUGUCCUACUGAACUAUAAUAUGUCCCAGUGAACUAUAGUAUGUCUCAGUAAACUAUAAUAUGUCCCAGUGAACUUUAUUAUGUUCCAGUGGACAAUAAUCCGUCCGUGAAACUAUAAUAUGUCAAAGCGAGCUAUAAUCUCUCCCAUAAUUAACUAUAAUCUAUUAAAGUGAGCUAUAAUCUGUCCAAGUGAACAAUAAUCUGUCUCAGUCAACUGUCUCAAAAUCUCUAGUAAUUUAUAAAUAUGUUUAACAGGGAGAAUACCUUUAAUGCUGUCGACGCUAAACUUUGAGUUUUGUGUGAGAGAGUUGUAAAUCGUUUAUAAAACAAAUUGUCUCGCUAUUGUUUUGAAAAAAAUCUUUCCGAGUAAGGGUAUAGUGUUGGUUGGCCUCUGAACAAGACUAGUGUGAAUGCGAAGUCACCCUGUCAGAGUCCUGUAUCAUGUUAGCGCCAUUUGAUGAAUUUGGAAAAAGAAAAUGGGAACGGAAGUGUCUACGGUCAAGUCUCCAAUGAUAUCAAAAGCCCUUUGAUUGUAAAACGGCCUUGUUUUAAUGAUGCUCUAAUUUAUUGUCGAUAUUUUCUCUUCUAAGCCAUCAAUGCUUCACUAGAAGAGGACGCUCAGACACACCGGGACGUCAGUAAAGAUCACAAAUUUCUAUCAGCGGUGGCGCAUUCAGUGGUAAAAGAUAUUCGCGUUGUUGAAUUCAGAAAAUGUUUUAGUUUAAUAUCAAAAAAUGAUUUUAAUGAAAUUUAAAUGUAUAGUCUUCCGAGAACGUAUAAUUCUAAGCUAUCAGUUGACAACGAUUAUUAAGCUGGGCUCGGCGUGAAAAAAAAUCUUUGUAUCAAAGUCCAUAUCUUUAGAGAAUUUCUAUACAUGACAGUUUAGUUCUUUUUACAAUGAAAAUGAACUUGCAUUGUCGGGCAUGAAUGUAUUAUGUAUUGAAUUUAAAAUAAAAAUGGGCCUAGAUCAUAAAAGGGGCUGACAGCUUCCACUGGGUUGAUAGCUUCCACUGGGCUGACAGCUUCCACUGGGUUGAUAGCUUCCACUGGGUUGACAUCUUCAACUGGGUUGAUAGCUUCUACUGGGCUGACAGCUUCCACUGGGUUGAUAGCUUCCACUUGGCUGGCAGCAUCCAGUGGGCUGACAUGAAUUAAAUUUAAUUGAAUAAUAUUAUAAAAAAUUAAUUUUUUCGUUCCACCGCGUAUCAGGAUGAAGACAGCAGAACGAACCAAGAACCGCUCCAGCUUCAAGGGGCCAGUGCGUCAUUUAAACCCUCUGAUCUAAAGCUGGGUGCAAACGUCAUAGGCAAGGUCAAGGUUGCAGACUCGCCAGGUGAAGGUAAUGGGGAGCUCCCGAUAUCCAAACCAGCCCAUACGAGCAAGCCCGACACAUUGAAUCAGCCGGACACCUUGAAUCAGGCCGACACGUUGAAUCAGCCCAACACAUUGAACCAGCCAGACACGUUGAAUCAGCCCAACACAUUGAACCAGCCCAACCCAUUGAACCAGCCCGACACGUUGAAUCAGCCCGACACACUGUUUCAGCCCGACACGUUGAAUGCAGUGAGUGAGAACGAGCUCGGCGACGCAGUGCUCAACAUUCUGAGAAACGUUCCCGACGUGACGGUGAUAAAGCUGGAUGUGAGUGCUCCACAAAAACUCCUUGAAGGAAUCGUCGGCGCCAACGUACACUCGGGAGAAGCUGAUGACGGGAAGCUUAUCAUGGAAGACGAACAAGUUCAGCGAGAAACAGAAAAACACGAUAUGAACCACUUCAAGAAUAUCUUUGAAUUGUUUCAAGUUAAUAGGGAGAAGCUGAAAUUCAUAGAGAAAAAUGAUUGGUUCCUUCAGACGCUGGUAAAUAUCGUCGGAGAUCAUUUGUCUGAAAAAGAGGUCAAAGCAUUUUCUGAGGGGUUCAAGGCCACAGGUAUAAAGGAUGGCGUCGGCGGCCUACCGUCUGCCGUGAGAUCAAAGCGAGAGGGUGGUCGCCAUUUGGAGAGCGGAUCGGCUCACAGCGAGAGCACGGCUUUCCCACGGCCUGGGCAUAAACAAGGUCAGGGUCCUGGCAAGUCCGGUGGUGGUUUAAGAAUCGGGUAUUUUAUCUUAACCAACGCCAAUAAGGUGAAAGAAGCCAAAGAAAUAAGCCUCGCUGAGCUCCACGACCGAAACGCUACGGGAGGCGUAAGAAAGCUCGGUCGUAAGUAUCCUGUUAAAUGUAACCACGUUCCCGGUGCACAUGUCCCUGAUUACGUCCACCACGAAGACAAUACUGCAAAACCAGAAUUUGGACCACAGGGGGAUAGGGUUGGACAUCAGGACGAUCUCGGUCCGCUGGGGAACGAGCAAAAUCACGGUGUGCAGAAUGGUGUGCAAGGUGGCAGGGCCGGCUCGGGUGAAGGCCAUUCAAUAACGUCGGGCGAUUCACAGAGGUUUGACUCCAAGAAAGAACCGAACGUCAAAGAUGGCAGCAUGGAGCAAAGCAUCAUUCAGAUCCUCGCCCUCAAGGCUAAAGUUGACAACGCCAAACCAGAGGCUAAGAAAGAUGAGAUUGUGGAGUUUUAUCAAAGCCAAGGUGAGUAGAUAAGCGACAGGGGUGGAAGCUUUCACACGGGGUACGAUCGUUAGAUUUAUACUUGACAUGACAUGACAUGAUAUGACAGGGGUUCAAUAAUAUUCCUGUCAUAGGUUACACGUUUUAAACACAACAGUUUGUUUGUUGUUAAUAUUAAAACUUUUUUUUUAUGACCUUUUUUUUUUUUUUUUUUUUUGUUUUUUUUUUUUCUUUUUUUUUUUUUUUUUUUUUUUUUUUAUUUUUUUUUUUUUUUUUUUUUUUUUUUUUUUUUUUUUUUUUUUGGUAUUUAAAAAAAUAUGUUCGCAGUAGUGAAUAACUGUCCUAAACCUUAAAUUCACGUGUUUUAAUUUGUGUUGUAGUUUGGCGUGGUGCUCACUCCGGUCGUUUCGGCGAAUCUCUUAAAAUAAAAAAGGUGUAUUGGUAACAAUACAUUCGUAAUGAAAUCUUAUAAAAUAUAAAAUGGUGCUUCUCCCCCUCUCCACUAAAUUUAUGACAUUGCUCGACGUUUCAUAUCAACAAGUUUUGAACUUGAAGGCUGCAUUAUAAAGUAUUGUUGAAACAAGUGAACUCUGACCUCUGCUCCUCAGGUCAACAGUCGACUCGUGAGCUCCGCCGACAUCACCACGCUGCCUCUGUGUCGGCGACACACAUCCUUCUGAUCAUGGCCAUCUGUGUGUUCACCUUUGUCACAGUCAUGUACCUGUCUUCAAGAUUUAGGUAAAUGACUUAAGUACAUGUCUUCUCAGAUUGGUGUAUCAUCGUCUCAUGAGUACAUGUCAUCUCAUAUGACAGGCAUCGAGUUGUAAGAUAUUAAGUCUAGCUGGAAGAGGCUGGUGGUGGGCAGGUGUCUUGGUGAAGGUCUAACCUUCCAGUAAUAAAAAGUGUUGUGACAUUAUUUACAUUAUUGUCAUUACUUAAUAAGUGUUUGAAAAAAUGGGAGGGGGGGGGACCCAUGCAUAAUGAAAAAAAAAUGUAGUUCCUUAUCUGUCCUUUUAUUAACAAAAAAAUCGACCAAAAGAAGGAAACAAUAAAUUAUAGGAACUAAACGUAGUUAACUCUGGCUUGCUCGUGGCAAAGAAAAUAAAAUGAAUUGUCUCCGUUGGUUUAAACUUCCUUUAAAUGUGUAUCUAUGCUAAACACAUUUCUUCUUCUUCUUAUGUUUGAGGGGGCCACGAUCAAUAUGUUGAUCAUUCUGGCUCCUGGUUUAAAUUGAGAGUUUCCCUUCUCUUAGAUGAGCUGCCGUCAUAGGCUAACCGAGUCCCAUCCACCCGGGGUGCCGUGUCCCAUCCACCCGGGGUGCCGAGUCCCAUCCACAUGGGGUGCCGAGUCCCAUCCACCCGGGGUGCUAGGGAUGUCGGCUUAUGUUGGGAUUGAGCUCCAGACCACUAGCUAUUUGGUUUGAGACAGUUUAGACCGCUCGGCCACCCAGAACCCUUUUUUCAAAAGCUUUAAAUGUAUCAAACAACUGCUCAUGAGACAUUUACUGAAAUAAAGAUCCCUUUAAAUAGUAACCAAACUUAUUGUAAACGUCUAAGGGAAGCACCGUUCAUAGGAUAUUAUCCUAACUCCCCUUGAUAAGUUAAACAAAUAAACUUUCUUCGUAAAUUAUUAAAAUGUAUCAUGGAUUCUUUAAUAUUAAUACCUUCAAGUGGUUCCCUAACUUUUAAGAUUCAUGAAGACAUUGGUGAAUAAUUUUUUUUAAUAGGGCGCCCCAAGACAAAUACUAACAAGGCCACAGCAAAAUAACGAUAGAAAUCAUUCCGUUUAAUUAUAUUUUUACGUAAAAAUAAAUCCAACUAUCUAAAGUCACAAAAUUAAAAUAAUUCAAAUGAUUGUAGCGUUCUGUCACAUUAAAUCGAAAAGGAAAAAUAAAAUAUAAAAAUUGUGCUCACACUUUGGGAAUCUCUGCCUUUAAAAAGUAUCCCUGCUAAACAUAAAUCUCAGGCCAUAGGAUAGCUUUGACCACAUAACCAUUCCCCUCUUCUUUUCCCCCCAGAUCGGACUCCGAGUCUGCCAAACGGGUGAACUCCCAGACGGCACUGUUUGAACAACAGACAAAGUAUGACAAGUACUGAAUUUAGGGGAGCUAACUGACCUAAAAGAACGCUAACUCAUGAACAGAUGAAAAUUUCGUUGAAACAUAGAAGAGCAGUUUGUGACACUUUUGAUUUGUUGAAUUUUGUAAAAUAAAAAUAUAAGUUUGGGUAAUAACUAAAAAAAAAAAUACCGCACGAGAUAUAGGUGAUUAGGAGGUCCACGCUGUAGCGAAGCGUCGGAAGUUAAACACAGGGUAUCGAACUGUACGGUGUUACGAACGCAUCCUCUGGUAUCGAACGUUAAUUAAGAGUGUAUUCGAUACGCUAAUCGGUAGAGUGAGUCGGUUGAUGAUUCAUUAAAUUUGCUCACUGAGAAAUGUUUAACUGACAGAUUCACCAACGGAGUCACUCGUAUGCCUGAUUAGGGUACGUCCAACACGGGUAGGGACAGGGGGGGGUGGGUGAUAUGGGGCCCCCUUGUAUUGUGUUUGUGUGUGAGGUUGUGUGGGUUGUCUAUCCAUUUGUGUGCUAAACCGUUGAGCUAUUAUAUUGAAAAAAUAUCAUUAAUAAAGUAUCUGAAAUAAACUUGAAUUCAUUAAAUAUGUUAUUUUAAUAUAAAGUAUAAGGACAUUCUAUUCUCAUUUCUUUAAAAAUAAAGAUAUAAGUCAAAUUGGC